AUGGCCUCCGACGCGGUGGUCGCUGCCACAGUGGAGGAAGUCGACUGUGUCGAGUUCCUAAAACGAAACUUUCCGCCCUCGUCGCUGGACGCUGAUGAUGCGGGGUUUUUAACCGAUGCGACGUACCUGCGUUUUGCCCGGGCCCGCAACGCCGACAAAAAAAAGGCCUCAGACAUGCUUCGGGCCUGCUUGGAGUGGAGGAAGGAGUAUAAACCGCACAAAGUCGCCCAAGACGAGGUCGCGAAGGCGAUGCAGCAACUCACCACCGCCGUCGCUGGGUGCAGCCUUGCGGGGCAGCCGAUUGUUGUCAUGACCAUCGGCGCCCAAAAUUCCUGCGAGGUGGAGGAGCGUGUGAAACAAAUUGUGUACAUCUUGGAGGAGGCCCUGCGGCAAGGCCACGGACGCCUGACGUGGAUCAUUGAUUUUGCGCAGAUGGGCAAACACCCCCACGACCCGCGCAGCUCCGUGACGCGGAAAACCACGAUGAAGAUCAUGCAGGACUACUACCCCGAGAUGCUGGGCACCCUAUUGGUUUACCGCCCGCCUUGGUAUAUAAGCUUGCUCUACAAUGUGGUGAAGCCCUUUAUUGAUAAGCGCACCCGAAAGAAGGUGCUCUUCCUGGGCCACGACGAAAAGUUGCUGCUGAAGCACGUUGCCAAGGACCAACUCCCCGA